AUGGGUUUACUUUCAACAUCCUUAGACAGUACUAGCUGGUGGGUGUUUACACUUCCAGCCAUUGUAGGAACACAAAACAUGCUUAACAAUCUAGUCUUGGUGAUCCUAAUUGCACUUUUCUCUAUUGGGUUUCUAGCAUGGGCUUUCUCAAGAGGAGGAGGAGGAGGAGUAGCUUGGAGAAAUGGAAGGAACCAAAUGGGUCAAGUCCCAAUACCAGGACCCAAAGGUCUUCCAAUCUUUGGCAUCUUAUUCAGCUUAAGCCAUGGCUUACCUCACCGUACCCUUGCUUCUAUGGCUUCCACUCUAUCUGCUACAAAACUUAUGGCCUUCAGCUUGGGCUCAACCCCUGCAGUUAUCACAUCAAACGCUCACAUGGCACGUGAAAUCUUGAACUCACCCCAUUUUGCUGACCGUCCCAUUAAGCAAUCUGCUAAGAGCCUCAUGUUCAGUCGUGCCAUUGGGUUUGCACCAAACAACACAUAUUGGCGUUUGCUUCGUAAGGUUGCGUCAACCCACCUCUUCUCUCCGACACGCAUCGCCGCCCAUGAGUCCGGUCGCCAGCUUGACUGCGCCGCUAUGUUGUUCGCCGUAGCGAAUGAACAAUCCAAAUAUGGACUCGUUUGCUUAAGGAAACACCUCCAAGAUGCAGCUCUUAACAACAUUAUGGGAACCGUUUUUGGAAGAAGAUACAGCCAAGAAGAGUGCCCUAAUAAUUGCAACGAGGUUAAAGAGCUGCAUGAGAUGGUGAGGGAAGGGUUUGAGCUUUUAGGAGCCUUCAAUUGGUCUGAUUAUGUGUCUUGGAUCAGCUUCUUUUAUGACCCUUUUCGUAUUCAAGAACGGUGCUCAGCUCUUGCUCCUCGCGUUAAGAAAUUUGUCAAGCAGGUUUUGGACGAGCACCGAAUGCAGGCUCCAUUAAUCAAUGAGCUUUCUUAUGCCUCGGACUUUGUGGAUGUUCUGCUCUCUCUAGAGGGGGAUGAGAAGCUCCAAGAUGACGACAUGAUUGCCAUUUUAUGGGAGAUGAUAUUUCGUGGAACAGAUACAACAGCACUUCUUACUGAGUGGGUAAUGGCUGAGCUUGUAUUGAACCAAGAAGUGCAGACAAGGCUUCAUGAUGAGCUUGAUAUGGUUAUGGGAGACAAGAAUGAUGUUACGGAUGCUGAUGUAAUCAAAAUGCCAUACCUUGAAGCCAUUGUGAAGGAGACAUUGCGAGUGCAUCCAAUUGGGCCCCUCCUUUCGUGGGCCCGUUUGUCCACGUCAGAUGUUCAGCUGAGUAACGGAAUGGUGGUCCCAGCCAACACAACAACAAUGGUGAACAUGUGGACCAUAACCCACGAUCCUAAUGUGUGGGAGGAGCCAUUAAUGUUCAAGCCAGAGAGAUUUUUGAGGAGUGAAGGAGGGGUUGACAUGGAUGUGAGGGGUGUUGAUCUUAGGCUUGCACCGUUUGGAGCUGGACGUAGGGUUUGUCCAGGUAAGAACUUAGGCCUUGUGACUGUGAGCCUUUGGGUGGCUAAGUUGGUUCACCAGUUUCAAUGGUUCCAAGACAUGGCUAACCCCGUUGACCUCACCGAGGUGCUCAAACUAUCCUGUGAGAUGAAGAAUCCCCUCAAGGCUGUGGCUAUUCCUAGGAUUGCUUAA